CCCGCCACUAUAACUGGAGUGCAUGGAGAGGGCUGCGCUCAGAGGAAGGAGGGCGGGCGCUGGGCACCCGUUGACCGACUUUCCCAAGUGCGAUCUGCGCCCGUCCGGCCCACGUCCCGCCCCCAUGGACCUGCCCCGGGGCGCCUACAGCUGAGGAUCCGACGCCCGCCGGGCUGCGGGCCGGGCUGCACCCAGCCGCCCCAAAUAGCACCCGCGUGCUGUACAGGAUCCCCGCGCCUCUUCCCGCGGCGCUCGCCGUCGGGCGAGGGCUCAGCCGCCGCCACGCCUCGCGCCCCGCGCCACCCGCCCCAUGCUGGUGCACACUUACUCCGCCAUGGAGCGCCCCGACGGGCUGGGCGCAGCGGCUGGCGCGGCCCGCCUGUCGUCUCUGCCCCAGGCGGCCUAUGGGCCGGCGCCACCGCUCUGCCACACGCCAGCCGCCACCGACUUCCAACCACCCUACUUCCCGCCGCCCUAUCCGCAGCCGCCACUGCCCUACGGCCAGGCGCCCGACGCCGCUGCCGCCUUCCCGCACCUGGCCGGGGACCCGUAUGGCGGCCUGGCGCCCCUGGGACAGCCGCAGCCUCCACAGGCCGCCUGGGCCGCGCCCCGCGCCGCCGCCCGCGCCCAUGACGAGCCACCUGGUCUGCUGGCGCCGCCCGCCCGCGCCCUGGGCCUCGAUCCGCGCCGCGACUACGCCGCCGCGGUUCCCCGGCUCCUGCACGGCCUAGCCGACGGCGCGCACGGCCUGGCAGACGCACCCCUCGGCCUCCCUGGGCUGGCGGCGCCGCCCGGCCUAGACGACCUGCAGGCCAUGGAUGAGAUGGGAAUGAGUCUUCUGGACCAGUCCGUAAUCAAGAAAGUCCCCAUCCCCUCCAAAGCCAGCAGCCUCUCGGCCCUCUCACUGGCCAAAGACAGCCUGGUUGGUGGCAUCACGAACCCCAGUGAGGUCUUCUGCUCCGUGCCAGGCCGGCUCUCGCUGCUCAGCUCAACGUCCAAGUACAAGGUGACCGUGGGGGAGGUCCAGCGGCGACUCUCACCUCCCGAGUGCCUCAAUGCUUCCCUGCUAGGCGGUGUCCUUCGCAGGGCCAAGUCCAAGAAUGGGGGCCGCUGUCUGCGGGAAAGGCUGGAGAAGAUUGGGCUCAACCUGCCAGCUGGCCGUCGCAAGGCUGCCAAUGUGACACUUCUGACGUCACUGGUGGAGGGAGAGGCCGUGCACCUGGCCCGAGACUUCGGCUACGUCUGCGAGACUGAGUUCCCAGCCAAGGCAGCUGCUGAGUACCUGUGCCGCCAGCACGCGGACCCCGGGGAGCUUCACAGCCGCAAGAGCAUGCUGCUGGCCGCCAAGCAGAUCUGCAAGGAGUUUGCAGACUUGAUGGCUCAAGACCGCUCCCCAUUGGGCAACAGCCGCCCAGCACUCAUCCUGGAGCCUGGAGUACAGAGCUGCCUGACACACUUUAGCCUCAUCACCCAUGGCUUUGGUGGGCCCGCCAUCUGUGCUGCCCUUACUGCCUUCCAGAACUACUUGCUGGAGUCACUCAAGGGCCUGGACAAGAUGUUUCUAAGCGGUACGGGCAGUGGGCACGGUGACACCAAGGCUUCAGAGAAGGAUGCCAAGCACCGGAAGUAACUGUCUCCGCUACCUCAUCCCAAAAAGGUUGCCAAGGCCUGAAGUGAGGCCUUAGUUCCUGGGAGUGGGCCCGAAAGGAUUAAAAGGCAGAGCUUGUGUCAGGCCAGAAAGAGAACAUUCAUCCCAAGACCCCUGAGUGAGAGGUUGGAGAAGGGGAGGUGGCUUCUCUGUGGCUGUUUGUUGAGAAGGGCCCAGAGCUCUGCCGCGUGUGUGCAGUUUUCUGACCCUUAAUUGCUGGUAAGUGCUUGGACAGGAAUGGCAUGGAGAAGCCUGGUCUUGAGCCCCGUGCUUCAGGGUGCCUGGGCAGAGGUAGAUUCUCCUAGAGGCUAAGGCCUUGAUGUUUUUACUUAUGGCUGGGGGGAAAUUGUUAACAAACCAGAUGUGUUGAGGAGAUGGCAUCCCUCACCCCAGCAUCUCCGACCCCCAGAAAAGGGGUGCUGGUGAGAGGCCCCCGUGGGUCCUGGAACCAUCCCACUUGGGGAGAAGUGGGCAGGGGAAGCCCUCAAGGGGCAAAGAUAAAGCACACAUUGCAGAACUUGAAUCCAGGCUGCAUGUCACAGUCCUCUUGCUGUCUUUCCUAUUUAUUUAUGUAUGUUGUAAUUAAAUUUGAAAGUCUAAAAAUGUCGAAUGCAACUUAUUUAUACCGAGUUGAGGAUUCUUGUUUCAUUGUUUUCUGCUUUACGCACCAAGAUGUCCAGCUGGACCAAGACGGAGAGGGUGUGUUUGCUCACAAAGGGCUGGGGGAGGGCCAGGGGGCUUGGGGAAGAAAGAUUAUGUCAGAGAUCACGAGGUUUUCACGAAGAUUUUGUAUUUGCUGUUGUUUCUCUUGACCUUAUAAUCGAUGUACCUCUUUGGCUCUCCGA